AAAUGAUUAAUAUAAUUUAAUACAAGUCUACUCUAGACUCGUCCUGAAUUUUUGAUAAGGCCCUCGGUGUGUGUCCUCUAUGGCAAUCAAUGGGCAUGUUGACGUCAAUUUCACACCAUAUAGGCGUUCCAGCCCACUCAGGAAGAAUGCUGCUGUUGGUGCUUGGAGUGCUGGGUGUGCUUCUAGGUUCCCCAGGUCCUUGUGUGGGUAGUGAAGUGUUGUCUUCUCAGCUCUUCAUUCUUCCUCUCUCACACCAAAACUUUAGUUUUCUGACUCCAGGUGUAACUUACCGACCCAGUUUACGAGACAUGCCAGAUCUUCCCAGCUGGCUUCACUACACGUACUCUCCUGCUGUGCGCACAGGCUUUGUGUAUGGCGUCCCACCAGAAAACAUUAGAGAUUUUGAGCUAGAGGUGAUAGCUAGAGACAAGCACACAUAUGAGACAUCUUAUCAAGUGUUCAAAAUGAAUGUUUUAAACCAAUCCCGUAAGCCAUAUGAGGUGCGUUUCAAGAUACAAAAUAUGAAUGUUGACGAGUUGCUGGUUGGAGGGCGUUGGGACCGACUUCACCAGGUGAUAAGUAAUGACCUGUGGCAAGAGAGCACAGAUGACUUGACAGUGACAUCUCUUGCCUCUGCUACACAACGUGGUGAUAGGUUACCUGCAAGCCCAGAUGAGAAAGAAGGAGUGUAUGUGAGUUAUGGAAGCUCGGUGCCUUUCUCUGCAGCUUUACUUGAAUUAGAGAAGGAAGUUGAGCCUUUGUGGCACCACCAACCAUGUCCAUUGUACUUCAAGAAAACUUCUUAUGAGAGAUUUUUCCAGCAACAAGGUUUUGCCAUUGAUUGGUGUAGUUUCAAACUGCAUAACAACAAAAAGACCACCAUGAUUGGAGACGAUGCCACCGGAGAAGAUGAGGAACCCAAAUCUCCUGUAAUCUCUGCUUUGGAGAAUGAGGGACGUGUAUAUCUUCAGAGGAGAGACCAGGUGGAGAAGCGUUCCUACACUUUUGAUGUUGUGCACACAAUCCUUAUUCCUCUUGUGGUGAUGCUAGUUUUGCUGGGGCUCCUUACCUUGGCUAUGUGCUGCCAUAGGAAUAAUAUGGAUCAGCGGUCCAGUGACUUUUUUGAUGAACUCUUUGACGAUUUCCCUCGCAUCCCAACAGGCCAGGAUAUCCAGAUGGUUCAGUAUGCUAGCAUUCACCGAGCUACAGAGGCUCUGCGCUCUCUAAAGGGUCGUGAACAUUCACCUCAUCCUUCCACUGCGACGACGACAACUCAAGCGGAUACACUCACUCGCUCACGGACAGCAAGUCCUUCUUCCACUCUUCCUAGAAAUUCCACGCUCGGUCGUCGAUUUGAAGACUACGCCACUUUGUCUCGACCUGAUCCACCACCAUAUCAAAGAAAUGGAACAACGCCAACUCGUUGAAAAGGAGGCGUUAAGAGUCUUCCAGAGGUGCAUAAUAAUUUAUUAACAGUGUAAGUAAUGUACCUGUGUCGUAACUUAAUUGGCACAAUUUUAUUGGAGUUUUGAGGUUACAGGUAUGUAUACAGUAGUUUACAAAGUUUAUGGUCAUAUAUAUAUAUAUAUUAUAAUCUAAAAUUACUGAAUUGUAUGUUUGGAGAUAAAUCAAUCAUACAUAAGCAACAAAUUUUGUAUUUUAAACAAACUUGAUUAUUAACAUCAAUUUGUGAAGAUCUAUACUGUAUGUCUAAAUUUAUUUUAUUUUCACAAGUGAAAUAUAUAUCGAAUUAAAACACUAAACGUUUUUUUCAAGUUUUUUAUAAUACAGUAUAUUUAAUUCACAUCUUUGAUAUUACAAAUUAGUGUUGUAAUGCUGAAACUGUUUGCAUUAUAACGAAAGACGAUAUGAGAGUUUUGAAUUUGACUACAGUUACACAGUAUCAUACAUUGGUAACAACAAAGUAUUCAGUAAUAUUAAUGUAUUUCCAGUGUCAUUCAUACAGCAUUUAGCAAAAUUAUUGUAAACUACACGUGCACAAUUUUAUUGUAUAGUAUAUGAUCAUAGGCACAAUGUUAUUGUAUAAUACAUUUAUAUACAAUUUAAUUGUGUUGCUUGAAAUUCAACAUGCUUUCAGUGUUGAAACGUGGGUAAGUGAAUGGGACAUUAGGGGAAAAAAGUAUUACCUUUCUAGUCAGUACUAGUCACCCUAUUGCAAUAGGUUUAUAGCCUACUAGCAGAGGAACACUUUGUUGCCCGGAUGAAGACUGGGUCAACCAUUUUAGGCCACCUGGGUUGUGUAGUGAAGACCUUUAUGUAUACAUUAUAGUGAAGAUCCUCACAGUACACAGUUUUCACCAGGACCAGGAAUCGUCAAGCACUCAGUGCUCGCUUAUGAAACAUGAACAUCUUUCCUUAAUCAUGGUAUCAGUCUGUAUGUAUUAAAUGCUUUGAGCUUCAAAGGCGCUGCAAGGUCAUUCUCAAUCCAAAGUUAUUAUUGUUAGACAACCUCUUAAUACUUUGGAGCUUGUAAACUGUUUUAUUAAGUAUAGAUAAGCUGCCAUAAUUGUGGAAAGAUGCACAGGUUUCAUAAGUGAUCACUUAAUGCUUGAUAAAUCUAGGUCAUGGUCAUUUGCUGAGAGGAUUUUCACUAAUGAUGCAGAUCAUGUAGACUAGAGAUGUAUGUUACUAUGACAGAUUCUCCCAAGUUUCCAGGAUCCUCACAAAAUCUGGAAUUCUUGGUAUAUGAGGACCUCCUAUGGCUUCUCCUUUUUCCUCGGGUUCCUACAAGAGUUCAAGUUUUGUUUCCAGGAUCUCCAAUGGCCCUUAGUGGCUGCAGGGCACCCACUUAACUCUGUUAAAAAGUGCUGGAAAAAACAAUGUAGGUAGUCAUUGAGGAAGGGUGCCUGCUUUAUGUACAUAUGCAGUACAUAAUCCUGCACAAUAAUGUAUAACCACAAAGGGAAAUAUAAGCCAGGAAUUGUUUGAGCACUUUCAUGUAUAUUUUAACACAUUUUCCUGAAUGUGUUAAAAUAUACAAGUGUGCAGAGCUCUAUCAGAUAUUCAGCUAGAAGUCUCAGUAAUGUAAUUUGUACAUUUCAUUGCACACACAUUUUAUCUAUUAAUAAAUUUUCCUGUCA